CCUCUCCCUUCCUAGCUAUCAGCUCCUCUCUUUUCAAUUUUCACUUUAACAAAAUAGGAACCACCGAUUGCUACUCUUAGUUGUUCUCUAUGGCGCCAAGGGACAAGAGGGCAGCCGUUAAACCUAACGGUAACUGCGACGCCGCCGCUGCCUCUGGGGCUAAGGGAGUGCAUUUUAGGGGAGUGAGGAAGAGGCCUUGGGGCAGAUACGCCGCAGAGAUCAGGGAUCCUAUCAAGAAGAGUAGAGUCUGGCUUGGCACCUUCGACACGGCUGAGGAAGCUGCUCGAGCUUAUGACACCGCCGCUCGCGAGUUUCGGGGAGCCAAAGCCAAGACCAACUUCCCAAUGGAGAGCAAAAAUGUGAACGAGAUUAUUAUUGUUGACAAGAAGAAAGACGCUGGCGCUAAUAAACACAGCCCGAGCCCCAGUAGCACCGUAGAGUCGUCUAGUCGAGAAACGCCUGCUCUGAUGAUGGAAUCAUCCUCUGCGUUGGAUCUUAAUCUCGACCCGUUCAAUGCUGUGAGGUUCCCCUUCCAGCCUGUGCCAACGGUGGGCGGUGCUUUUGCAGCAACGGUAAUGAAACAUCAAAACUUGCUUUAUUUCGAUGCGAUGGUGAAGAGUCAGUAUCAGAGACUGUUGUUUGAUCACCAGCAGAAACAUCUUCUUCGUCAGGCGAUGUCCACUGCUGGCAAUGGUUAUGGUAGUGGUGGUGUUGGAGGAGUCCACAGUGAUUCUGAUUCAUCCUCCGUCGUUGAUUUGAACCUAAAUGAAAUCAACCCACCCCGAAAAUCUCUUGAUUUCGAUCUUAAUCUCCCUCCUAAACCAGAAUUCCUCUAAUUUUUGUUUUUGGCCGGAGACGGCCCACCCAUGCCCAUCCAUUUUUAAUAAUUCUUCCGAUUCUCUUAGAAAAAGGAACUAAAAACUAGCCUCCCAAAAAGCGAGCUUUUUACUGUGAUCUAUUGAGUUCUUUAUUCCCUGAAUGUCUAUAUGCAGUAGCUGAUCUCCCUUUUUUGCAACAGAGAGUCUCUCCCUGUUGUUGAUCGCUAGUUACUGCUACUCUUUUUACCCCCAUAAUUGCAGUUUCACUCAAUUGAUUAGCUUCUCCAAUUUCUUUUAAAAUAUUCUUCUAGUAUUUGAUAAUCAGUUUGUCGCCGGUGAUGUUUAUGUCUGUAAUGACAAUGCCCACGAGGUUUCGGUUGUUCUCCAAAAUUUUGUGGGGAAGCGUACUUGACAAAGAUAUCACUGAUACUGAUAUUCACCUCCACAUGGCUUUACGCCGUCGUUUGGAGGAACACAGUCGGAGCCUGUUCGAUGCUUCUCUCAUCCUAUGUAGCUUUCAUUGGAAUAUUAAUUAUGUAUAUUUGGUUUUAUAUAUCAAGAAAAAGCAAUUUGCGUUUUAAGCAUAAUUGGCAUAUACCAAUUAAUGUUGACGUAAUUAAAGUCAUUUAUGGAAAAUAAGGAAAAAAUGUUCAAUUUUUAAUGAUUAAUAAUUUUUUUAUUUUUUGC